AUGUCACGGAAAGGUGUUCGUGGUCAUACUGGCACCCGUGGUGUUGGUGUUGGUGGUGGUGGUGGUGGUGGUGGUGGUGGUGGUGGUGGUGGUGGUGGUGGUGGUGGUGGUGGUGGUGGUGGUGGUGGUGGUGGUGGUGGUGGUGGUGGUGGUGGUGGUGGUGGUGGUGGUGGUGGUGGUGGUGGUGGUGGUGGUGGAGGUGGUGGUGGUGGUGGUAAUGCUGCCGCUGCUGGUUCUUCAGCAUCUGCUGUUACAGCAACCUUCAAUUCUCCAUUGUCCUGGAACACAGAAUAA